UGGUUCUUGUGCGGAAGUGUCGCGCAUAUUUGGCAGCCACAGUGAGGCGCAACCACAGCCAAAACAACUACUGGAGCGACGAGAAGGGAGCCAGCGGCCCUUUGGCUGAGCUUAUCUGGAUUUUGGGCGAAAGAAACGUCGAUUGCUAAAAUGACCAGAGGAAACCAACGUGAGCUUGCACGCCAGAAAAAUGCCAAGAAGCAUACUGAACAGACUAAAGGGAAGAGGAAUGAAGAUGGGCUGUCUGCUGCUGCCCGGAAACAGCGGGAUGCUGAGAUAAUGCAACAAAAGCAAAAGAAGUCAGAUGAAGCAGGGAAAGGAAGCACGAAGUCCAAGUAAAAAAACAUUGAAGCUGGAGAACAAUUCAACUCACUGCUUUGAGAACAUCCCACAUUCUGCAUUCUUCCUGAUAUUUAUGAGAAUGGAUCUGUCAUUUGUUGUCUAGACUCAAUAAUUCAGGAUCCUUCAUUCUUCCCUGUGACAAAUGACAUUGCUUGUUGGAUUUGUUAGUUUACAUGGUGAAAUCAUGUCUCAGCAAGUUAGGGCUUGUCCCACAUUGGUGCUGCAUGCAGAGGAGCAUCAGUGGUGUAAGCAGGAUACAGCCGAACAAUUCUUGAUGCGAAGCAUCUACGGAACAGUUAUGUAUUUUUGUACAAAAGUGUCCCCUGCCGGUUUCAAAUAAAGUGUAUCUUUUUAUUUCA